AUGACUGAAUUUAGAAAAAGAAAAUAAGAUAUGGAAAUUGAAGAGGAACAAGAUAUGGUUACUGGACCAUUAUUUGGUUAAAAAUUUAUUCCACCAGAUGAAUUAAAGGGAAAUGAUGAGGCUAAGUAUAAAUUGAGUAAUUGGUGGGCAGUAUUAUAAAGUAGAAAAUUUAGUCCUUACAAAGAAAGAGUUGAAUUAUUUGAGAGAGCUUUACUCUACGUUCCUUCUCUUAAAAUAUGGGAAGCUUAUUUAGAUGAAACAGUAGAAAGACUAGAAAAAAAAUGCAUAUUGUCAUCUAGAUUUUAAGUUGCAAAUUAACUUUUCGAAAGAGCAAUUAACAGCAUGUCAUAGUUAAGCAAAAAACAUGAUAUAGAUUUAUGGCUUAAAUAUGUUGAGUUUUUGGGAAAAUAAAAGUUAAUCACCAAAACAAGACAAGCAUAUAAUUUAGCACUUCGCUGUUUGGAAGUUUAAGAUUAAGAAAAGUUAUGGUAGUCUUAUUGUGAAUGGGCUCUUCAGUGUGGUUGUAUGAGGACAACAAAAGAAGUUAUUAAUCGUUAUUUGAAAAUAGAUGAAGAUUAUAAAGAAAAAUUUGGGUAUUAUCUUCUUGAUUAGAAUGAAUUUAAUGAGGCUGCAAGAGUUCUCUUUGAAAUUAUUUAAGACGAAAGAUUUGCUAGUAAAGAGGGAAGAACAAAAUUCGAAAUAUAUAUGGAGUUAUGCAAUUUAGUCAUCGAACAUCCUGAAAUUAACUCAGUAGAUAAAGAAUUAGUAAUUAGAGAUGGUAUAAAGAGAUAUACAGAUGAAGUAGGUAAUCUUUGGGUAAAAUUAGCUGAUUAUCAUACAAGAAUCGGAGAUUUUGAUAAAGCAAGAUAAGUGUUUGAGGAAGCAUUAACCAAAAUUUAAACAUCAAGAGAUUUUGGUAUUAUUUUUAAUGCUUACACUAAAUUGGAAGAAGAGUUAGUGAAUGUACUUGCUAUGCAAGAAAAUGAGGACUAAGAAAUGACUGAAGAAGAUGAAUUAGAAUUAGAUGCUUAAGUUGAAAGACUUGAGAAACUUUUAGAUAGAAGAAAAAUUCUUCAUAAUGACUGCUUAUUAAGAUAAAAUAAAAAUAGUGUUAAAGAUUGGAUUAGUAGAAUAAAUAUUUUCAAAGAAAAGGCAGACGAGGAUCCAAUCCCAUUACAAAAAGCUUUUGGUGAAGCUAUAAAGGAAAUUGAACCUGAAAAUGCUGAAAAUGGAAGCUUGGUUGAAAUAUGGCAUAUGUUUGCUCAAUUUUAUGUUGAAUAUGAUGACUUAGCUAAUGCUAAUCAAACUUAUUUUAAAGCUACUUAAGUAGAUUAUAAAACUGUAGAUGAACAAACUCUGAUAUGGAAAUAUUGGGUGGAAACUCUUCUACUAAAAGGUUAUUACAGGGAUGCAAUUAUGGUUAUAAAGUAAGCUCUUUUCGGUAAGAGAACUCCUGAAAUUGAUAAAAAAACUCAUCAUAAUGUCUAAUUAUGGGAAUUAUAUAUUGAUCUGGAAAAUAACUUUGGAACUUUUGAAACUCAAAGAAUAGCUUAUGGCAAAAUGUUAGAUUUAAAAGUAAUUACCCCUUUCGUGCUAUUAAAUUAUGCCUAGUUAUUAGAAGAAAAUCAUUACUAUGAAGAUUCUUUUAAAGUAUAUGAAGCUGGUGUUUAAAUAUUCACAUUCCCAAGUCUUUAUGAGAUUUGGUUAACUUAUUUAACAAAAUUCAUAGAUAGAUAUGAAGGUGAAAAGCUUGAAAGAGCAAGAGGUUUAUUUGAAAAGAUAUUAUCUAUUGUUCCAAAGAAGAAAUCAAAAAUAUUUUAUUUUAUGUAUGCUGACUAUGAGGAAAGAUACGGGUUGUUAAAUCACAUGUUUGAAAUUUAUGAUAGAAUGGUUGCUAAUGUUUAGCAAACUGAUAGAUUAGAUGCUUACAAUUUAUAUAUUGCAAAAGUUGCUGAACACUUAGGUGUUACAAAAACUCGUCCUAUUUUUGAAAAUGCUAUUGCUAAUUUUGAAGGAGAUCAAAUGGUAUAGUUAGGUAUGCGUUAUGCUGCUCUUGAAAGAAAGUUCGGUGAAGUAGAUAGAGCUAGAGCUAUUUAUAUUCAUGUAAGCUAAUUUGCUGAUCCUCGUGGAGACGUCCUCAGAUUGUGGACAGUUUGGGAAGACUUUGAAAAGCAUCAUGGUAAUAUCGAUACUUACAAAGAAUAUAUGAGAAUUAAAAGAAGUGUUUUACAGAGCUUCAAUAUUCUUCCUCCAGAUGUUAAAAAAAUAAAAGAAUUGGUAGAAAAGGGGGAAUUGUGA